UCUAUUCAUUUUUGUUGUCAAAUAUCAAAGAAAAUAAAACAAAAAUACAAGACCAAUUUUGCAUAGCCUUUUAUUUUAUAGUAAAUUACGCAUAAUUGCUUACUAUAUUUCAAAGCAAAACUUGAGUUGAGCAGUAUUUAGAUGGCUUCUUAAAGAGAAAUAAGAUAGGUCUAUUUAAGAAAUGUGAUGUAAGUAUAGGAUUAAAUGAACUUAGAGUAAAAUGGAUAUAACCAUGGUCAAAAUUUAGAAGCUAAUUUUACUUAAAAUAGUAAUUUUAUUUAGCCAUUUUAGAAUUAAGAAGAUUAAUUAAGUCUUUCCUGCCAAAAUAACAUAAGAAAUUGCUAAAUGAUUAAUUAAAAUGAAACAGAAAUGAAAAGCGGAUAAGAAAAAGUCAGAGGAAGCAGUGAAAAAAUAGACUCUAUCCCUAAAGAAAUAUAUGAUUUCUUUAAGAAUACAUACAAUCUUAAAAAGUAAAGCUCAAAAUCGACACUAAAAAAGUGGUAUGAUAUUUGCAAAGAGGAGAGAGAAAACAAGAAAUGUGCAAUCAGCUAAUAUAAUAAAAAAGUCUAGGUUGAAAAGAGGUCAUUGAAAUUUAAUAUAAUUCAAGAAAAAUUUUAUAAAUCAAACAAAUUAAAAUUUUAACCAAGUGAACAAGAUUUAGCAUUUUUUAUUUCUUGUUUUAAUUGCUAUGAGCCUAAUAAAAGCUAAUUACGACUAAUUUUUGAUGAAGGUAUGCACGAAUAAGGUUCUCAAACCGAAAUAUUGCAGUCAUUUAGACCUGAAGACCUUCUUUUUAUAACUUUAAAUAAUAAUAUUUUUUAAGAUUUGCAGGAACUUUCAAUAAAAGUUGUAUCUGACCAGCUAUACAACCCUUUAUUUUUUAAAACUUGUAUCUCAAUUCUUCAUUUUCAAAAUUUAUCCUACUUUGAACUUUCAUUUGUAAAUUCAAACACAGAAUAGAAGCUUAACAUAACAGGUUAAUAAUUAAUAGAGUUUUCUAAUAAUCUUAGAUAGUAGAGCACAAGAUUAAACUAUCUAGUUUUAGAUUUAAAAGAAAUUGAAUUAAGAGAAAAGGACUUUUAAUUAUUUACAGAGAAUAUCUUAGAUUUAAAAGAUCUUAUAUUCAUAGAUUUAACAUUUAGAAAUACUACAAAUAUUACAACAACCAACAUAACAAGUUUGCUUAAAGGUUUAAUUGCUCACAAGAAAAUACAUAUUCACCUAUUUUUCCCUGAUAAUUAACCUAUUGAAAUAGAUUAGGACCUUUACGAAGUUGUUUUAACUAUUUUAGAUUCACCUAAUAUGUACUUCCUAAAGUCUCUUUCUUUAGAUUUCAUUGUUAAUUUUCCAGUAGAAAUUCAAACCUAUUAAAAGCAAAUAAUAAAAACCAUUAGCGAAUAAGUUUUCAACAAUUCAACUCCUUAUUUAAAUCAUUUAAAAUUAUUUGUCGAGCUACCUGAAAAUACAGUCUUAAGAUUAUUAACUUUAAAAUCCUUUAACUUUCAAAAAAUAUGGGUAUAGCUACUGAAUGCAAAAAAAUUGGGUCUUUUAAAUAUAUUUAGAAAAGAAAUUGCUUGGGAACUGAGUGAAUUUUAAGAACUUUUCAUCUUUUGA